AUGAAGCCUCGAUGGGGAUGGUUGUGUUUGGUUGCUUUGCUCAUCCAUUCAUCAGCAGCAGAAACAAAUGGUGAGGAAGAUGAUGAUGAUGAUGAGGAGGAGGAGGAAACUAUAAACAACCCAGAAGAAAUUGAUAGUGAAGAAAACAAAAGUUAUUUUGAGGUUGCAUACAAAACGCCAGUGCCAAGUGGAGAGGUCUUUUUUACAGAAACUUUUGAUGAUGGAACACUAAAUGGAUGGGUGUUGUCAAAAACCAUGAAGGAAGAUGCUGAUGAAGAGCUCGCUAAAUAUGAUGGGAGGUGGGAAGUUGAAGAGUUGAAAGAGAAUAAAAUAUUAGGCGACAUGGGGCUUGUUCUCAAGUCCACAGCAAGACACCACGCCAUAUCAGCAAAGCUGAAGAAGCCUUUUGUGUUUGAAGACAAACCUUUAAUUGUACAGUAUGAGGUCAAUUUUCAAGAUGGCAUUGAUUGUGGGGGCGCAUACAUUAAGCUUCUCUCUGAAACCAGCUACUUAAAUCUGGAAGAAUUCCAUGACAGGACACCAUACACCAUCAUGUUUGGGCCAGACAAAUGCGGAGAAGAUUACAAGUUACAUUUAAUUUUCAGGCACAAAAAUCCUAUCAUUGGAGACUAUGAUGAAAAACAUGCAAAGCGCCCAGAAGUUGAUUUAAAGAAAUACUUUAAUGAUGGAAAGACACAUCUUUAUACUCUAAUCCUGAAACCAGAUAAUACGUAUGAAAUGCUAAUAGACCAAAAUGUGGUCAGUCAAGGAAGUCUUCUAAGUGAUGUGAUCCCUCCAAUAAAUCCACCAAAAGAAAUUGAUGACCCCAAGGAUAAAAAACCAAAAGAAUGGGAUGAAAGAGCCAAAAUCCCUGACCCUAAUGCUGUUGAGCCUGAUGACUGGGAUGACGGAGAGCCAGCUCAAAUAGACGAUAUCAAUGCUGUGAAACCAGAAGGAUGGCUGGAUGAUGAACCUCAUUUUGUUCCUGAUAGAAAUGCACAGAAACCCAGUGACUGGAAUGAUGACAUCGAUGGGGUGUGGGAAGCUCCACUUAUUUCUAACCCUAAAUGUGAAUCUGCACCUGGAUGUGGGGAGUGGAAACGGCCCAUGAUAGACAACCUAAAAUUCAAAGGCAAAUGGAAGCCACCUAUGAUUGAAAAUCCAAAUUACCAGGGAAUCUGGAAACCCCAUAAAAUACCAAAUCCACAUUAUUUUGAAGAUCUUAAUCCAUUUAAAAUGACUCCAUUUGGUGCCGUUGGUUUGGAGCUGUGGUCCAUGACACCAAACAUCUACUUUGACAACUUUGUCAUCUGUUCUGACAAGGAAGUGGCUGACCGCUGGGCCUCUGACAGCUGGGGAGUAAAGAAAUUUGUAGCCAGUGCAAAUGAGCCAGCUAUGUGGAACCAGCUUUUGAGUGCUGCUGAAGAAAGGCCGUGGCUCUGGGUCCUUUAUGUUCUAACUGCAGCUCUGCCAGUGGGUUUAUUGGUUCUCUUCUGCUGGCCCAGAAAGAAAAUUGAGGAAGAAGAAGAAGAGGAUGCAGAUUUCAAAACAAAUGACUUACUUGAGUCUGAAGAAAAAAAAUUUCAGCUACAGGAAGAUUCCAUGAAUGUGGAAAAUGGAGUGGCUGAAACUGGGAUUGAAGACAAUGAAAAGAGUGAAGAGGAGGAGCUUGAUGAGGAGGAAGGGAGUCAAGAAGACGAGGAUUAUGCUAUAGCAAAUAAGUCUACAGAUGAUGAAAUGAAAGAAGCAGAUGAAGAGACAACGUCUGGGGAUGGACCAAAGAAAUCUCUCCGUAAAAGACGAGUACGAAAAGAUUGAUCAGCCUAUUCCUAAUUACAUUUUAAUGUGUCCAACACACCAAAAUAGCUCUUCACAGCAGAUGAUGGAUACAAUAAACUGAACUUAAAUUA